AUGCGUCUGUCGCCACCGAUGGACAACAUCGUCCCGUGCUGUCUGCGCCAGAAGGACACCUUUGCCGAGUGCGGCAACGAUCUGUACCCGUGGAGCCCCGGAUGCCAAGAGAUCGUCGGGCAACACUGCAUGGAUCCGGCCAACGUCACCAGCCCGCUCUGCCAAUCGUUCUGUUCGGUCAUCGACAACAAGCGCUUCUGCGACACGGCGAUGGAGACCUACUGCGCCACCAGCGCGGGUCAGGCGGAUCCUCUGUGCUCGUGCAUCAACGCCGUGGCACGCGGAUCGCCGAUCCCCGGCUGCUUUGAUAGUAGGUGUAGCGCCAGCGGCUACAAAAAUUUCGACCAAGCGACCCAGGCGCAGAACUGCCCAUCCUUUUGCGGGACAGUCAUUUCGUGUUCUGGCAGCGGCGAUUGCGUCGUUGAUCAUAAUUCGAUCGUCACGCACUGCCUGGGCAAAAACACAGGAUCGUCGGCCGGAUAUGCGCAAAAACAGGCCGCCAAACACCAAAAACCAUCCAGGCCUUGGCUGUACUUCGUGUACAUUUUGGCAGUGGUGCUCAUUCUGGCGGUCGGUUUGCACUUCGCUCAUUAA